AUGGGACAAACAUUAUCAGAACCAAUUACAGAAAAAAAGUCUUCUCAGGGAAAUGACAAACGUGUCAUGUAUGGAUCUUCGUGUAUGCAGGGAUGGAGAACAAAUAUGGAAGAUGCACACACAAUUAUCACAUCAUAUGCAAAUACAGGUGCAAGUUUUUUUGCUGUGUUUGAUGGCCAUGGAGGUGAUGCGGUAGCCAAAUAUUGUGGCACAGAGCUUUAUAAGAAAAUUAUGAAUAAUGCAGCAUUUGACAAAGGCCGUUACAGGGAUGCAAUUCGAAGUGGAUAUUAUGGUAUUGAUGAAGAUUUAAAGAAAGUAGACAAUAGAUUUGAUAAUGAUACCUCUGGAUGUACAGCAUUAGUCACACUGCUCACAAAAAAUAAUGUAUUAUAUGUUAGUAAUGCAGGUGAUUCUAGAGCUAUCAUUAGUACAAGAAAUGGUAAAGCCAUUCCUCUAACACAAGAUCAUAAACCAAAACUUCCAAAAGAAGAACAACGAAUUCGAAAAGCUGGUGGCUUUGUAGAAAAUGGACGUGUAAAUGGUAGCUUAGCUUUAUCUAGAGCCAUUGGUGAUUUCGUUUUUAAAUCAAAUACCCAAAUUACACCUGAUCAACAAGCAGUUACAGCAGAGCCUGAUAUAAUUGAACAUUUAUUAACUGAUCAAGAUGAAUUUGUUGUGAUGGCAUGUGAUGGCAUCUGGGAUUGUCUAUCUAAUCAACAAGUGGUUGAUUUUAUUCGUUGUAAAUUAUGUGAACAUAAGCUAUUAGAUACUAUCUGUGAAGAAUUAAUAGAUUAUUGCCUUGCAGAUCAAAGUAAUGUAACAGGUAUUGGCUGCGAUAAUAUGACAGUCAUUAUUAUAGCUUUCUUAAGAAAACGUAAGCCUCAAGAUUGGUAUGAUUGGAUGGCUUCAAAGACACCGCCUAAAAUGCCGGCAAGAAAGACUAUUUUAACAUCAGCAGCAACAGCAGCAGCAGCAGCAGCAACAGUCAAAGAAAAUAUAAACACAGAUAAUAACGUGUCUCCUAUUGUGUUAUCUUCCUCUACAGCACCGUCAUCAACAGCGACAACUGCUGCUUCUACAAAAUAA